AUGGAGGUUAUGCCCAAGAAAGGAGGCACGACGAUGGUCAAGAAUGAGAAGGAUGAGCUGAUACCGACUAGGACAAUUCCUAUUGCACUUGAGGACCAAGAGAAAACCACUUUCACUUGCCCCUAUGAUACGUUCGCAUAUAGGAGGAUGCCAUUCCGUUUGUGCAAUGCACCUGCUAAUUCCCAAAGGUGUAUGAUGGCAAUCUUCCAUGAUAUGAUUGAAGAGUCUAUGGAGGUGUUCAUGGAUGACUUCUCUGCUUUUGAGUUACUUAAGGAGAAGCUAACUACAACCCAUGUUAUGGUUUCGCCUAAUUGGGGGCUACCUUUUGAGCUAAUGUAUGAUGCUAGUAAUAUUACAGUUAGAGCUGUUUUAGGACAGAGGCUUGACAAGAAGUUCCAACCAAUCUAUUAUGCUAGCAAGACAUUGACAGAUGCCUAG